CUGCACUCUCCCGGGCAGGAAGCCGUCGGAGGCGUGGCUCUGCCUGGAGCCUCCCAUAGCAGGCCCGGCUCGCGCACGCUGAGGGGCGGGGCCUCCUGCUGACGUGAGCCACCAGCGGCUCCGGGGUGCGGGCGGGGGAGACCGAGCGCCGGCGCUGACGGUGUCCGGGCUCCAUGAAGCGGCGCGGCAGGCCCGGCCUGGCGGUUGCCAUGGGCAGCGCGGUAGCAGCGCUGCUGGUUUUCUGUUGCGCGCUCUCGGGAUCCCAGGUGUCUGCAAGUCUGACUUUUAUUAGGAGAAUGCCAAAUUAAGCAGCCAUAGAAUUGCAGAGUCCAGAGGCCCCUGAUUGAAAUGGAUGGGACAAGUCACCCCAUCCCUCCAGAUGCUGGUAGAUGAUGCAGAGAGUUUAUGCCUGGCUCACAUUUGAGUUUUUCUCUGUGACUGUAUUAAGAGCAAUUGCUUUUUACUCCCCUUGGAGGAUAGAACAACAGCUUUACAAGCUGGAUGUAGGCUGGCCUAAACGUCCAGAAUAUUUCACUGGGCAAACAUUUUGUGUUGCUGUUGACCCUCUCCAUGAUCUGGUCUAUGUUGCACAAAGAGGGACUAAUGUACCUAAGGUACUAGUGUUUUCAGAUGAAGGAAAUUUCCUGCAUGCGUGGAAUUCCACAGUUGAAAUGCCUCAUGGUAUCUUUGCAGUCAGCACCUCUACAGAUACCUCAAUAUGGAUCACAGAUGUUGGAAGCGGAGAGUAUGGGCACACAGUUAAACAGUACAGUCCGUCUGGGAAACUUAUUCAGAUCCUGGGUACUCAAGGUAAAGCUGGAUCAGGUUUAAAUCCGCUGCAGUUCGAUCAGCCAGCAGAAAUAUUUGUGGAACAAACAGGGGAGAUCUACAUUGUGGAUGGAGAUGGAGGGAUGAACAACAGAUUAUUCAAACUGUCCACAGAUUUCCAGGAGAUAUGGCUGCGUGGGGAAAAUGGUACAGGUGCUGGUCAGUUCAAGAUUCCUCACAGUGUCACAGUGGAUUCUGUUGGACGGGUGUGGGUUGCUGACCGAGGAAACAAACGAAUCCAGGUUUUUGAUAAAGUCACAGGAGAAUGGCUGGGGUCCUGGAGUAGUUGUUUCCUAGAAGAUGGUCCCUCUUCUGUCAGAUUAACUACCAAUGAGAAAUAUCUAAUUGUAGCUCAGCUGAACAUUAACAGAGUGUCUGUCUUGGCAGCACCACCAAUAGGAUCCAUUGGAGAUUGCCAUGUGGUAAACACAAUCCAGCUAGCUGAUGAGGUUAAACCACACCUUGUGGAUGUAAAUGUGAAGACUGGAGCAAUUUAUGUUGCAGAAAUUGGUGCACAACAAGUACAAAAAUAUGUACCCUUAAACUAAUGGUUUUCUUUGGUUCAUUUAGCACAAGCCAUUUCUUCUGGAUUACAAGACCGGUGCUGGAUUUCCUUACGUUCAUUGCAGACUGUGCUUCCACACAUAAGCACAGCAUGUUGCAGCACUAGAAUGCAUAAAAUAACUGUUUUGUGACCUGCUCUCACUCUUAUUUUCUUUGUCAAACUCAGGGAGCUAUUUUCUCUUAACCUGUCAUUAUUUGUCUUUACUGGCAUGUUUUGUUUCAUUUUUGUUAGUUGUUGGAAUUUGGAGAAUGCAUUUGAUAUGCAUAUUAGUUCCAUUUAACCAUGUUUUACCCUGCUUUUAACUUCAAGGUAGUUUUUCCCCUUGUCUCUUGAUAAAUCAUAAGACAUUAGGUUUGUCAUUAUUCUGCUAGUCUAGACAUAAUUUCCACUGUUAAUCAAUGUACACUCUACCUCCAGUGUCCGAGGUGAAUCUUGUGACUUCUUUGCCUAGCCAGUGCACUCUGCUACCUCCUAACGUCCUAGCUGGCAGAGAGAAAUGUCUACAUAUUUAAUUUUCCAGAAGCCUUGUCCACUUGAGGCUCUGGACUCUAGCUUAACAUUGCUUCAGGUUUCCUUGACUCUUUAUGCUAACAUUGUCCAACUCAGAACAUAAAGAUGCAGCAUGUCAUAAUCUCCUGGGCUUCAGUGAGACCUUUGAUACUUACGGCCAGUGCUGAGGUAUUAGCAUCUCUGGCAUCUACUUUAGGUAAUCAUUGAUACCGCUGUUGACAUCAAAGGCAUCAGUUCUUUACUGAUUUAAGCUAACUCCAUAUAAAGCACUUUAAAUAAAAUUAAGAGUAUCUUCACAAUGAGGUGACACUGAUUUUUAACUAACUGAAUUUCUAAAUUGAUUUAGUUAAAUGGGUACAAGUUUUAUGUGUAAGCAAGGCCUCAAAGUAGAAUGUGGUGACGUUUAGCACAUCUGAGAAUCCUGAGGCACAUACUGGGGAUUUACUAGGAGACUUUUAAUCAGCCUUAGGCCUGGAGACCUAUAACAUGCUUUUGUCCUCUUAAUCUUGUUGAAACUCAGACACAUUGGCUACAGCAAUAUUUGGCCUUUGGAUUCUUGUUUUUAGAGACCAGUCUGAUCUUUUAUUCUGCCUUCAGAUUUUCAAGGACAUUCUUUCAAUACUAAGCUGUGACUUUCCAUUUCUUUUUGAGGGACUUCUGCCAAUACAUCAGCAGCUGAUUUCUCUUUAGCACAGAACUUGCAAACUUCUUUGUGACUGUUCCAGAGUCAUUGUCUUCAUACUUCCUCCCCUGAAUCUAGUUUUGGUUUUGAGUUGCAUAAAUUAGCUUCAUUAUCUUCUCCAAAAAACAUACACCAGCAUCUUUCUGUCCAUCCCUUCCCUAGUCCACAGUAAUUCCAAAGCCUAUUAGGUGUUGCUGUUCAGCCUUUCAGAGUAUCCUCUCUUCAGUGUAGAAGGGGUGAAAAAAAGAGCACCAGUUCUUUGAUAUAUUUCUAGUGGUAAAGAAUAACUCUCCUGGUGAAAGAUUGUGGGCCCAUCCUCCUUGUUCAGACAGGAGCUAUGAAUGCGUUGCAGAAUGGUCUGGGGGAUUUUUUCCUUUUCUUUUCACAUAACUAUCCUGAUUCCUUGGCUAUUUUGGGUGCUAGUAGUAGGUCAAGAGAGGCUAAGCUGUUCCACCUCCCCAGGUAAGGAGUAUGGGAAGUGGAACUAUGGUUCACCAUCAUGGAUGUCCCAGCAGUUGAAUGUCGUAUUGCUUAGUUCAAUACCAGGUUCACUAAAAUUGAGGUUUGUUCAGUUUACCUUGAAGAUUUUUUUUGCCAUGGUGUCCAGAUCCUUAUGUAACAUAUUACAGAAACAGUCUACGUGAAUCAUCAAGGAAGAGUCAGAUUUGGUUGCCAUGUCUGGACAUUAUUGCUGCUUUGGAACCAGGCAAUCCUGAACAAAGAGGACUUUGUAUAGAUGGUUGUGAUAUUGAAAAAGACACUGUACUGGCAGAUACCUUCAAACUGGCAGCUCAAGAAGCCUUCCAAGUGAUGCAGAUCAUGAAGUUCUGCGUGUGCCUUAGAGACUUGUCUUUGAGACUUGUCACUCAGACAUCAAUUUUUUAAAACUAUUUUUGUCUGACUUUUGCUCCCUCCCGCAUCCUUGGAAUUAGUGGGAGCUAGGUGCCUAAAUGUCUUUGGGAAUCUGGGCCAAAGUGUGUUUGUUCAGUUUAUAGGAACUUGUGGUAUGAACAGAUGUCACCUGGUGAUUAGUAGGAGGCUAUCAAACUCCUUUUCACUGCUAUACUUGUGACCUAGUUCAAGAGGUGACUGAUAAGUGCUUGAAAUUGAUUUAUUAAAAAUAAUUGAGCAAAAUUACAUUUUAGCAUAAUUUGGCAAAAAAUAAGUAAGGCUUUCACAAUGGGGGACCUUAUGGCUUAAUUUGAAAGUGCUCCUCAUUUCUGUAGCUUGGUGUGAUGACUUUGGCUGCAUGGGAUUUUUUGAUCUGGGGCGGGGAAUGGGGGAAAAAUCAGACUGGUAAACUUGAA